GGCGGCCCAGGAGCUUCGCCGUCGGCUCCUGCGUCGCCACCUGCCCAGCAGGCACGCAGACGCUCGCAGGCUCCUGCGCGCCCUGCGCCGUGGGCAGCUACAAGGCCGAGGAGAGCAUCGGCAACGAGUCCUGCGAGCCGUGCCCGGGCGGCUACGUCACGCUCGGCACCGGCAGCGUGUCGCCAGAG